UGUCGGAGCAGAGCUGCUGCUGCUGUGGCUGCUGUGGCUGUGGGUUCCUUCGUGGCGAACAUGAUCAGUGAGGUGUUGUUGAGUGUUCUCGCGGGGCUGCUCGCGCUUCUUGUCUAUCAGAAGAUGAGUGCUCCGUAUCUCUGGGUGGAUGUGAUUCAAUACUUGAAACUGCGGAGCUACAGAAAGACGCUGCAGACUCGCAUGCAGCAGGGAAUCCUCACGUACCUCGACUGUUUCCUGCACCAGGCGAGGAAGAACCCGAACAAACCCUUCAUUAUCUUCGAGAAGCAGACCCUGACCUACCAGGACGUGGACUACAGAAGUAACCAGUUUGCCAGAGUGUUCCGUUUGCACGGUUUUCUAAAGAAAGGAGACAUUGUUGCUCUGUUGAUGUGCAACGAACCGGACUUUAUCUGUGUGUGGCUCGGGCUGUGUAAACUGGGAUGUGAGGUCGCCUUCAUCAACGUCAACAUUAAAGCCAAGUCUCUACUUCACUGCGUUCAGAGCUGCGGGGCAAAGACUGUGGUCACGGGCACAGAUCUGGUGUCUUUGGUAGAGGAGACGCUGUCUGAACUGAAGAGAGACGACAUGGCUGUUUGGGUGGUGGACCACACGGCUCCCUCCGAGGAUUUCAACAGUGUGUUAGAUAAGCUGGAACACAUGUCUGGAGAACGCUUAAGUGAACUUCCUAAGGUUGACAUCAUGUCCAACUUCCUCUUCAUUUUCACAUCAGGCACCACAGGUCUUUGUAAGGCCGCCCGCCUCGGUCACUUCAAAGCCAUUAUGAGCAUGGCCUUCUUUGAAAUGUGUGGAGCGUCAUCUGAUGACAUCAUCUACAUCACUCUUCCUCUUUACCACAUGUCUGCAUCACUGUUGGGGAUUGGUGGAUGCAUACAGCUUGGUGCGACUUGUGUGCUGAAGAAAAAGUUUUCUGCCAGUCAGUUUUGGAAGGACUGUGUGCAACACAAUGUGACAGUGGUGCAGUACAUAGGAGAGCUGUGUCGAUACCUCGUCAAUCAUCCUGUGGUUCCAGAGGAGAGAAGUCACAGGGUACGACUGGCUGCAGGAAGUGGCCUCAGGCUGGAUGUUUGGAAGAAGUUUGCCCAGCGCUUUGGUAGAAUCAAGAUCAGGGAGGGUUAUGGUUUGACUGAGGCCAGUAUCGGUUUCCUCAACUACACAGAUGAGAUUGGACCAAUAGGAAGAGCAAGCUAUUUCAACAAGCUUUCUAUGCCAUUUGAGAUCCUUAAGUACGAUCCUCAGUCAAACGAGCCGGUCAGAGCAGACUCUGGAAGAUGCAUACGAGCAAAUAUAGGAGAGGCAGGGAUCUUGGUCGCUCCACUUACUGCUAUCAACCAAUUUCUGGGCUACGCUGGGAACAAGGUGCAGUCAGAGAAGAAGCUGCUCAGGGAUGUGUUUAAAGCCGGCGACGUCUAUUUUAACACUGGAGACCUGCUGCUCCAAGAUCACAGGGACUUUCUUUACUUCCAUGACCGCAUCGGAGACACCUUCAGAUGGAAAGGAGAGAACGUAUCCACGACAGAGGUGUCAGAGGUUGUCGGUCUUCUGGAGUUUAUCAAAGAGGCCAGUGUGUAUGGCGUCACAGUCCCAGGACGUGAGGGUCGAGCAGGGAUGGCUGCUAUUGUGUUGCAACACGAUCACAAAUUAAAUGGAACACAACUCUUCAACCAUUUGGCACGAGCACUUCCUGCCUAUGCCUGGCCACGGUUUCUCAGAGUGCAGACCUCUCUGGAUGUGACUGAGACCUUCAAGCAGAAAAAGAUGCAGCUGGUCCAGGAAGGUUUUAAUGUGGAUAUCAUCAGGGACCCUCUCUUCUACUUAGACAUCUCUCAGAAGGAUUAUAUCUUUAUGACUGGAUCUGUGUAUCAAGAUAUUGUGUCAGGAAAGAUUAAUUUAUAAGCAUAAGACAUGUUCAGUCUGUAUCAUGGUCACAUUUCUGAGAUCAUUAACAUCCAAUCACAAGUGUUCACCUCACAUUUCAAGUGUAUACGUGACCACAUUCUGUCCCCAGGACGCAGUCCGUCUGUCUCCUCAGUCUGAUGUCCUGACCUGCUGCAGUUUCACACGGAACUACAAGUAUUUUUACACUUCUCAGGGCCCGUAUCAAUGUAUUUGUAGCCACUGUUACAACAAUUAGGUGGUAGUUCAGGUUUUGUGUGUGUGUGUGUGUGUGUGUGUGUGUGUGGUUCACAUAGUCUGUGUGCACCCCCUGCAGACCCCUGCACCACAGUGCUCACACUUAGAUAACACACACUUAACAAAAGACUUACCUUAUCAAAUGUAUGCAGAAGAACACAAUGCAAUGCAAUACACAACCACCUUUGUCUGACUGGGACCUGAAGUUUGUGUCACUUUGUAAACCACUCACUCUCCCACACCAACGUCCACACACGGCAAACACUAACCUGUGUGAGAGUGUGUGGAACACACAGCGACACAAACCUCAGUCUCUCACAAGUGCUGCUGGGACUUUUAAUGACACUAUUAUAAAAAAAGAUAUUACUGUCUCUCUUUCUAUCUCCAUGUCAUUCUCUGUUGUCCUCUCUCUACCACAUCUACCAUAUGACAUUUACUUGAAGUAGUUUGCACAUUUCCAACAACUGGUUAGCAAUUCUACCAAUAACUGUAUUUCAUAUAGAGUUGUACUUAUUUAUGGUGAAUGGUUAGUAUUUAUAGAGUCUCGAUGACAACUCACAGCUGUUUUACAGUUUUGCCAUUCACCCAUUCACACACAUUCACUCACAGUUUCAUACAGAGCAUAUGGGGCAGAGGAUUUUCAAUCCCUCUUUCUUACUGUCUUGCCCAAAGACACGUCGGCAUGUACCACUGAGCUACCAUAAGCUAUAAUAAUAUAUGAACAGUUAUUAUAUUAUGUAGUGCAGUUAAUAUACAGUAUUUGGUUGUUAUUUUCAUGAUUUUACAUUCAUUGUUUUUAUCUGUAACUAUGGUUACAGUCUGGAAUCCUUGUGGUCUUGAUUGUCUAGGAACUGAUCCUCAGGUGACGCCAACGUCCCUAAGACAAAUGAUGGGAUUUUACAUCACAGCACACAGUUGAGUUUUUGUUCAAAAGUUCAAAUGUGUUAUUUUGUCUCUUUGAUGUUUGAAAUACUUUGUUCAGAUUUACCUCAGUGAUAUAAUGAACUGAACACACACACACACACACA